AUGUCAACAUCGGGGCCAGGUUUUACGAAUUCCAUCCCUUUUCCAACCCUGCCAGAACCUCAGUCCCCUCCACCUAGUCCCAGCUAUGUAGCGAACUCUUUCGUAGAUGAGCCUGUACUAUCAUCAUCUCACACGAUCAGAGAGUACAUGGAGGGAUUCUUCGAACGUGAUGCGGUGUCCGCUCAGAAAAGGCGACAGGCGCCAUUAGGGCUUCCUUCCACUGAUCAAAUACCGGCGUAUACUGCUGGCAUGAAGAGGCUACUGGAUGCAACUGGGGGCCUGAUCGAGCGUUCAAAGUUGGUGGUUGAAUGGGUAAAGUCUUCAUGGUAUGAAGAGCAGCCGCAAAGCUUAGAGCAGGAUGUGAGAGAGUAUGACGAUAGAGUUAGACAUCUCACCAAAACCAAGAAAAGUUUCCAAACUUUGAUAGAGUUAUGUGAGUCCAACUCUCAGGAAAUUUGGGGGUUUAACGAGAUGGAUGAGCUCUGGUCUGCCGAGUGCAGACUGUUUGAAAGUAUAGAAGUUCUCACAAAAGUCGUCAUCAAUCUCUACGAAUGUACUGAUAUCGCCCAUCAAUUCGCCGAAUCCUACGACACUGGCGUAGUCUCCCGUUUCACUUUUGAGACACCUCCGAGGUAG